AUGGACACAUUACUAACCGCCGAGAUUGCGGCAAAUGCGCCUCGAUACCGUCGAAAGAGCUCGACCUUUAUCGACGGCAUCCACGAUGUGACCGAGGACUCCUCCAACAUGGCUCCGGCGCAGCUCUACAGCACCAUGUCUGGCCGGCUGUUUCACUCGGGUCGGAUAGCCAUCGUCAUGGUUGGACCUCCUGCGAGAGGAAAGACCCACGUCUGUGUGUCGCUAGCCCGCUAUCUUGGGUGGCUUGGUGUCAAGACGCGCAUCUUCCACCUCGGAGACUACCGACGAGCCACCAUUGGCCCGGAAAGCGCUGUUCCAAAGGAUUACUUUUUUCCAGACGCCUCUCCGGAAUCCGUCAUUCUUCGUCAGAAAAUUCUCAAGAAGUGUCGCGAGGAUAUUUACGGCUGGCUCAAUCAUGAAAAUGGUCAGGUCGCCAUUUACGACGCAGUAAACCCGACUGCAAGCGGUCGUCGCUCGCUGGCAAAGGAAUUGGCCAAGCAUGACGUUCAAACCCUCUUCAUUGAGUCGUUUGUGGAUGACGAGCGUAUCCUGCGGGAAAAUGCCAGAAACGUCAAAAUCUCCUCCCCAGACUUUGCUGGAAUGGAUCCCGACGAGGCUGCCAAGCUGUAUCUGAAGCGGAUUGAAGUCCGAAUCCCCGUGUUUGAGACGAUGGCCGAAGAAGAGCUCAACUAUAUCAAAAUGAUCAACGCCGGCGAAAAAUUCUUUUACAACAAUGUUAACUUUAGCUACCUCUCUCACAGAAUCGUCUUCUAUCUCACCAACCUCCACAUCAAGGCCCGCAAGACCUUUUUUGUCCGUGCAGGCACGACGACGGACGAGGACUCGUUCCGCGCCGAUGCGCCGCUCUCCGACGCCGGCCGCACGUACGCGAAAAAGAUGACGGAGACAAUUCUCAAACACCGCGUGCAAGAACACGUCGAAUCAGGCGAGACUGCCGCUACGUUACCGCCGCUGACGGUGUGGACUUCGACGCGGCUACGCACCAUUCAGACAGCAGACACUCUGCGGGACAUGGGCUACAAAGUUCGGCAACGAUCUCAGAUGAGCCAGCUCAACCCUGGCAUCUGUGAGAAGCUGUCAGAGCGCGUCAUUCGCCAAUUGUACCCCGACGAGGUUGAAAAACACGAAGUCGACCCCUACCAUCACCGGUAUCCCCGCGCAGAGUCCUACCACGACCUUGCCGUCCGUCUCGAGCCCAUCAUUCUCGAGUUGGAGCGUGAGCAAAACGACCUGCUCAUCAUUGCGCACGAGUCGGUUCUGCGUGUCCUUUACGCCUACCUAAUGCACUGCUCGACCGUUGAGAUCCCCGCGCUGCGGUUCCCGCGCGAUGAAAUCAUCGAAAUCAUCCCUGCCGCGUACCAAAAUGAGGCGCGCCGCAUCCAUAUCCCCGGCCUCGACCCGGAGAUGAUCCCCGGCUCGCCCGACGGCAUGAAGCUACUCGCCGCGGGCAGCAGCGCUCCGCCCGUUGGAUCGGCCAGCCGCCCGGAGAGCCUACCCGCAAGCGGCCAGAUGACGCCGCUGGCCGGCGUCGUUGCCGCGGCGGUCGCAGCAAACGAGACAUCCACAACGGCGGCGGCGGCGCCCGUGGAGAGGCGCCCGGAAAAGGUUAUCAACAAGUCCAAGGACACGGUGGCGGAUAAACUGGACGACGAGGAUUAG